CUUCACCGCACUGCGCAUGUGCGAUACCCCAUUACCCGGAAGUGUUUCGGUAACAACAACGGUAGCGAACCAAAAUCUUAAUUUGUGUGUUUUUUUUCUCUGCAGUGCUACGACAACGUGCACCUAAAUGCCAAUUCAUCCAGUGGUCGUGUCGUUAAUGUUAUACCGCUAGUUCGAAACGCUACGCACGCGCUGCGCUCUGGAGCUAUCGUUAACUGAAGUUAUGAAGUUAGCGAGCUAGCUCACAGUCUAUGUGAUUCAGUUGGCGUGAAACACACCUGAACAAGGUUUUUGACCAGGUAUGGCUGACGACCCUCAAAGAAAUUUUCGCUCUGCGUAUUAUGAGAAAGUGGGCUUUAGAGGAGUGGAGGAGAAGAAGUCUCUGGAAAUACUGCUCAAGGAUAAUCCUCUGGAUCUAGAAAAGCUGAGCACCUUCAGUCAGAGGUUCCCCCUCCCCUCGAUGUACAGGAUCCAUGUGUGGAAGGUAUUGUUGGGAAUCCUACCUCCACACAGUGACUCUCACACUAUGGUGGGAAGCUACAGGAAAGAGCAGUACCAGGACAUCCUGGAGGCUCUGGAGGUGAUGAGAUACGUCAACUCUUCCACUCCCUCCACCCAUAUCUACCUGCGCAUGUUCCAGCUGGAGAGCCAGGUGCUCGCACGGUGCUCUGAGACCUCAGCCCCGGAUGAAGAGAACGAGGACUUCCUCUCCAUCAGUCGCGCCAUGGAUGAGAUUGUAGAUGAUCCUAUCGACUGCUAUUGGCUGAUCAAGUGUUUCGUCAAUCAGUUCCACACAAAGUUUGGAGACUCGAUACCCCACCUUCCGAAGAGCCUGGAGCAUUAUCUGAGUCAGGAGGAUCCUCGCCUGCUGAAGCAUCUGAAGAACACUGGAGCCCUGGCCCAGUUGCCCUAUGGCCUCUGGUUCAGACGCUGCUUCGCUGGUUGCCUGCCCGAAUCCAGCCUGCAAAGGGUGUGGGACAAGGUGAUCAGUGGGUCCUGUAAAAUCCUGGUGUUUGUGGCCCUUGAGAUUCUGCUCAGCUACAAGAUCAUGCUGCUGGGAAUCAGCCGGCCUGAAGGCGUGGUCAGGUUUCUGUGCAAUAUACCACAAGAAAACACGGAUGCCAUUGUGACUAAAGCGAUCGACUUGUGGCACAAAUACUGUGGCACUCCAAUGCACGCCGUGUAGUCGCAUGGAGCGCCCCCCUCACAACGGAAAUGUGGGCGCACUGGUGAGAUGCUUUCCCAAGAUGCAUCAGGAUUGGCUCUUACAGAAUGGAUGAGUCUCUGCAGGACUGAACGGAAAACUCUUCAUGAGCUACUACCUUCAAUAAUUCGGAGGACUUUGGAGCCACUGUUCUUUUUGACAACUCUCAGCUUUCCCCAAAGAAUACGAUGAACCGUACGUGGAAAAGACUGAAAGCUGCUGCUAUGCAGAGUGAAUGCAAAAAAAGGCAAGGAAGCAUAAACUUUGUUUUUCUCAAGUUUCUUUCUUUAAGAAACGUCAUACAUCAUAGAAGACUCACAAUAAAUUAAUACCCACAUGCAGUUUUUCUGCUUUACAAAAAACAUUUGAAAAGUCUUGCUUACUUUCUUUGCUAUGUACAAGUCUUAUAAUUCUGAGAACAUUUCUUUCAAAAACAUUUUUAAACAUCCAAGAGACGGUAAUAAUACCGACGCUUGUACAUACACACGCUUACUCAGUCAUACACACAACUGAUCAAUCAAGGAUUGUAAACAAUAAGAAAAAAGUGGCAGAUUUCAUAUUUUGUACCACCAAAGAUUUAUCUCGGGAUAAUAAAAAAAAAAAAAAGUCUACCUUGUAGUUUGGCAGAGUUCUUUAACUUUUUUUUCUGCGUCUACAGAUAAUUUGGCAACUUUAAAAUCCCUGUAAACGAUACCGUAGAGGCACAGUGACACCGUGGGUUACUGAACUCUCAACAGCAGUCACGCUGGGAUGCAUUCAAGAUGGCAACUUCCACAGCAAGUCAAGUUGCUUUGGUUUAAAAUGGAGAUCUGAAGUGUUUUUUGAGCUCUUGAAUGCAGCCCAGAUACAGAUGGAAGAAAAAAAAUCUGAAAUUAUUGCUCAGUUGAUUAAUGUGUACGUGUGAGGAGAUCUAAAGUCUCACUGUUACUGGCUUGCAGGGAGCAUUUUGGCUUAAGAUUCAGCUGCCAUUUUGAUUUCUCUGGCAAAUUGUGAAACUAUCAUUGAGAUGUCAUCUAUGGAAUAAAACUGCCAACACAGGAAACCCCCUCGGGAAAGAAAGUCCAGUUGAGGACAGCAAGAACAUUUUAAAAAGGCAAGAAAUCAAUCCGUGUAAAAUAAAGUGCCAUCCGUAUCCUCCACAUUGGCACAGAUUCUGUUUUGACUAAAGCAGUGUUCAUAAACAAAGUGCUGCAACGUAAACAAAUGGCUGCCUCUGAACGUAAUAAUAAAAUCUCCACUGAGGAGAGGCGCCAGUUCAGAGUCGAAUCCAUUUGUGUUUGUAAAAGUGUUCGCUCAUGUUUCCUGUAAUGCCCGCAGCACACCGGUUGUGUUCAUGUGCAGUCCGUCAGUUCGAGGUCAACGGUGGGAAGUGUAGCCGUUUGAGGGCAGCAGGUCGGACCACUCGAGGCUCGGUGUGGGAGUAUAAAAAGCACGUCCGAUUAUCGGGCUGAUAAUCUCAUGGCCGAUGAAACCUGCACGGAGAAAGUGAGUAACUUGAAAUGCUGCUGUGGUGGUCUUUCACCAAAGAAUACUAAUUUUGACAUAUUAUACGCUGACUUUCAAAAUACCAUUCUUUUUUUUUUGACAUUGUAUACAAUAAAAAGUUUGACUUUUUCAACAUGAAA